CGAGCGGAGCGGCGCUGCGGGCCGCGCUGCGCCCGGCCGAGUGCGAGCAUGAGCGGCGGGGAUGGCGGUGGGGGCCGGGCGGGCGCCCUCAGCUACGCCCUCCCCUCCAUCCCCUCCAGCAAACUCCCGGACUUGCGAUUUAUCAGCCGGGGCGCUUACGGGACCGUGUCCGCCGCCCGCCACGCCGACUGGAGGGUCCCGGUGGCCCUCAAAUGCCUGCAGGGGCCGCUGCUAGACAGCGAUAGAAACCAUCUUUUAAAAGAAGCAGAGGUAUUACACAAAGCCAGGUUCAGUUACAUUCUGCCAAUUUUGGGAAUUUGCAACGAGCCUGAAUUUCUGGGGAUAGUGACAGAAUACAUGACAAAUGGGUCAUUAAACCAGCUAUUGCAUGGGAAAGAUGUAUAUCCUGACAUUCCCUGGUGCCUGAGAUUCCGCAUUCUUUAUGAAAUUGCUUUGGGAGUAAACUAUUUGCACAACAUGAAUCCUCCAUUGCUGCACCAUGACUUAAAAACCCAGAACAUUUUGCUGGAUGAUGAGUUUCAUGUAAAGAUUGCAGAUUUUGGCAUGUCCAAAUGGCGUGUCAUAUCCAUGUCGCAAUCACGAAGUGAAUCCUCUCUGCCGGAAGGAGGGACAAUUAUCUACAUGCCACCUGAGGAUUACAACCCCACUCAGAAAACCCGGGCAAGUGUGAAACAUGAUAUCUACAGUUAUGCAGUUAUCAUGUGGGAAGUGAUGUCAAGGAAACAGCCAUUUGAAGAAGUUAUAAACCCCUUGCAGAUAAUGUACAGCGUGUCACAAGGACAGCGACUAGACUUGAGUGAAGGAAGUCUGUCAAUGGACAUUCCUCAUCGAGGGCUUAUCAUAAGAUUGAUGGAAAGUGGAUGGGCACAAAACCCAGAUGAAAGACCAUCGUUCUUAAAAUGUUUAAUAGACCUGGAGCCAGUUCUGCGAACAUUUGAUGAAAUAGCUAUGCUAGAAGCAGUAAUUCUGUUAAGGAGAUCAAAGUCAGUAUAUGAAUCACAAUGUAUUUACAAGAGUGGAAAGAAAGCAAACGUGGAGCAGAUAUCUCUAAAUAUACCUCUGAAUCCCGACAAGCCAGCAUAUUCUAGCUCCAUACAGUGUGAUGCACUUCCACUUCGGAGCAUCUCUCCAGAUAUAUCAAAACUCAAGUCUAUUCUCCAGUGUAAUAUCCUCUCAUCAGACGGAAAUUCUGGGUGUCUACACUCUCUCAGCAGCCAGAGCACAGAUGGAAACCUCUCUGUAACUCAGAGUGCCAAAGUCCUUGUGCAUCCAUACAGUACUGUUCUCUCAUCUGACAAGAGUAUUUCAGAUGCCUCAAGUUCUUCAUCCUGUGUGCUGCGGUCAUCACCGAUUCCUUCAGAUUUUGUAUUGGAAACUGUACAACAGAAUGUAGCUCAUCAGUGGAUCCAAAGUAAAAGAGAAGAAAUCAUCGAUCAGAUGACUGAAGCAUGUUUGAAUCAAUCACUGGAUGCUCUUCUAUCAAGAUAUUUACUCAUGAAAGAAGAUUAUGAACUCAUAAGCACGAAACCUACAAGGACAUCAAAAGUACGACAACUGCUUGAUACUUCAGACAGCCAAGGAGAGGAAUUUGCCAGAAUUAUAGUACAAAAGUUGAAAGAUAACAAACAGCUAGGACUUCAACCUUAUCCAGACAUUGUAUCUAAUUCUCAAAGACUGCAUCUUUAAAUCUAUUCUUUCUUUAUGAAACCAUGUGAAUAUUUCUUCCAACAUGGUUCUUUUUUCUAUAUAGUGUUUUAUAUAUGUGCAGCUUUGUCUUUAUUGUGCCUUGUAGAGUUUUAGAAAUGACCCUGAGUUCAUCUAGCCUGCAUUUGGUGAGUGGCCAAUUAAUAAGUUGGAGUGCAAUCAUAAAGCCAAACCACUUGACGGUUGUUGACUAAUUUUGUAAAAGUAUUUUGUUUAUACAUGACAAAGAAAAACAUUAAAGGUUCACCAUUUUACAUA